AUGAAGUGGCUCCGCUCGGCUGAAAUGGAGUACAUCUCGCUCAUCGUCAACGAAGACGCGGCGCACGACUGCGUGCAGAAGUUGGGCGACUUGGGCGUGCUCGAGUUCACGGAUUUGAACCCCGAGCUCACGCCGUUCCAGCGCCGCUACGUGAACUACGUGAAGCGCUGCGACGAGAUGGAGCGCAAGCUCCGGUACUUUGACGGGGAACUGGCCAAGUUCAGCAUUGCGCCCAAGUCGGCGGGCUCGAUGGAGCAGUUUCUGGUCAAGUCAUCGGCUGUUCGCUAUGGGUCGCAGGACACGGCGGCAAGGGCGUUGGAUACACUGGAGCGACUGCUGGAAGACAAGGAGCAGGAGCUGUUGCAGCUCAAUUCGAUGCACGAGAAGCUCACGAGGGAGUUUAAUGAACGCAAGGAGCUGCAAGAGAUUCUGAUUCGCGUGGGCGAGUUUUUCGAGAUCGAGAUUCCAGAGGUACAGACAAUGCGUGGCUCGAGAACUGUGUCACGGUCGGGAGGCUACAGUUUCGUUGAAGCGUCCGUUCCAGGCGAGCCGUUGGGCGAAGAAGCGUCGUCGUCGCUGCGUUUUCGUAAUGUGACGGGGGUGGUGCCAGCUGAUGAACGGCUCAAGUUUGAGCGCAUGAUCUUCCGCAUGACUCGUGGCAACUGCUUUAUGCGGUUUUCACCGAUCGACGAGCCACUGGUCGACCCUUCUACUGGCCAACCGGUCACGAAACACGCAUUUGCCAUUUUUUUCCAGUCGGUUGUUAUUGAAAACAAGCUUCGGAAAAUUUGCGACGCGUUUCACGCGCGGCUGUACUCGCUGCCACCCAUGGAUGACCGUGCUGCGAUCGCUCAUUUGAUCCAGAGCAAUGCGGGGGAGCUGAAUCAGAGCAGCCACAUUCUGCGCCGCAACAGAGAGAGCUGUGUGCUGCUAUGCCGUGACAUGGGCGAGACACUCGAGUCAUGGAAGUGGUCGGUGCUACAGGAAAAAGCGACGUACCACGCGCUUAAUAUGUUCCGUGCUGAUGUAAGCGGUAUGCUGCGAGCCGAGGGCUGGGUUAUCAAAGAGGCUAUGGCGAGUGUGCGACGUGCUGUUACGCAAGCUCACACAGCGGCUGAUGACAAGUCAAUGCCAUCGCUUGUGGAUAUUGUGGACAAGCCGUGGCCAGUUCCUCCCACUUACUUUGAGACCAACAAGUUCACCGAUGCCUUCCAAAACUUUGUGGAAACGUACGGUUGCCCUCGUUACCGUGAGAUCAAUCCAUCCGUUUUCACUGCUGUGACAUUUCCGUUCCUGUUUGGCGUAAUGUACGGUGACAUUGGUCACGGUCUAUGCGUGAUGCUCUUUGGACUAUAUUUGAUCUUGACGGAGGCCCGUCUCGAGCAGCCGGGGAACAUUGGCGAAAUGACGGCAUCAAUUUAUGGAGGACGCUACAUGUUGUUUAUGAUGGGUGCUUUUGCCAUUUAUGCUGGCGUCAUUUACAACGAUUUCUUCUCGCUGCCGUUGAACUUGUUCGGUUCCAAGUUCGCGUAUCCAAAUUGCCUCGAUUCUCACGAUCGCGAGGUAAAAUGCGUGGCUGAGUAUAUGAAGGACGGCAAAAUGACAUACGUAAACUCUACGGAUGUCUCAGGCGGCGACAACGUGUAUACAAUUGGAUUGGAUCCGAUUUGGAAAACGUCUUCGAACGAGCUGUUAUUUUUCAACUCGUUCAAGAUGAAGAUUUCGGUGAUUUUCGGCAUCGUCCAGAUGACGUUCGGCAUCAUUCUCAAAGGCUGGAACAAUCUGUACUUUCGCGAUUACUUGACCUUCUUCUUCGAGUUCGUGCCCCAGAUCAUUUUUGCUGUUUCGCUCUUCUGCUACAUGAUCGUGCUUAUUGUCAUGAAGUGGAGCAUUGACUGGACCGCUCGCAUGAAGCACGAGGUGUGCCCGUACAACUUUGCCGGUGAACACACUGGCUGCCGUCCGCCCUCACUAGUGAACACUCUUAUUAACAUUGCGCUGGCACCUGGAAGCGUUGUGGAUCCGCUGUACGAAGGCCAGCUUGAGACCCAGCAGACGUUGCUGAUGAUGGCACUCUUGUCUGUUCCGGCGAUGUUGUUUAUCAAGCCAAUUUACUUGAAGAUCCAGAACGACCGCAAAGCGCCACCUGUGAGCCAUCACGUGGACUUUGACGACGAGGCCGAGAGUCGUGUGGUCUCACACCACCACGGCAACUCGGGCAGUGAUCAUGGCAAGAAUUUUGAGUUUGGCGAAGUGGUUAUCCAUCAAGGAAUUGAAACCAUCGAGUUUGUGCUAGGCAUGGUCUCAAACACGGCUUCUUACCUGCGUUUGUGGGCCUUGAGUCUGGCUCAUUCUGAACUGGCCACAGUGUUCUGGGAGAAGACGAUGUUGUCUACCAUCAACAGCGACUCGUUUAUCGCCAUUUUCAUCGGCUUUGCCGUGUUUGCAGCCACCACCUUCGGUGUGAUUCUUGCUAUGGAUGUACUCGAGUGCUUCUUGCACGCAUUGCGUCUGCACUGGGUGGAAUUCCAGAACAAAUUCUACAAGGCCGACGGCCACAAGUUCCACCCUUUUUCGUUCAAACAGACGAUCAAGAAUUCGCAGCAGCUUUAA